AUGACCCCAGCUCUGAAGGAGGCAACAACAAAGGGUAUCUGCUUUUCAUCUCUGCCAAGUGCCAUGGAAUCUGACAAGAUGCUGUGCAUGGAAAGCCCUAGAACUGCGGAUGAAAAGCUCACGGGAGGAGACACUUUCUCUCAGAUGCUGGGAUUUCCGGCUCCUGAACCUAGUCUAAAUACUAAUUUUGUGAAUUUAAAACAUUUUGCCUCUCCUCAGGCUUCAAAACAUUUUCAGACAGUUCUCUUAAUGAGUUCUAAUUCAACACUAAAUAAGUAUAAUGAAAAUUAUAACCAAAAGAAAGUAAUGGAGGCCAACUGCUGUAAGCUGAAAAACGUACUGUGUAAUGGCAGCAGCAUUCAGCUCAGUAAGCUCUGCCGUUCUCAUCCUGAGAAUGAGUUCAUCAAAAAGGAGCUCUUAGAUGGCACAAGCCAUUGCAUGAAAGAUAUACAGAUCGUUCUGGAUUCCAAUCUCACCAAAGAUGCUAAUGUAGAUAAAAUACAUCUGCAAAACUGUAAAUGGUACCAAAAGAAUGUACUUUUGGAUAAAUUCACUGACACUAAGAUUAAAAAGGGCCUAUUGCAAUGUACUCAAAAGAAAAUUGGACCUAAUCACUCAGAUAUGCCUGUUAUUUCCUCAGCUGCUGAGAAAGAGGAGGAGGUGAAUGCUCGUUUGCUUCAUUGUGUGAGUAAACAGAAAACCUUGCUCAGCCAGGCUAGACGAACUCAGAAACACCUGCAGAUGCUCCUGGCCAAGCAUGUUGUGAAGCACUAUGGUCAGCAGAUGAAAUUUUCUAUGAAGCACCAGCUGCCCACAAUGAAGAUCUUCCAUGAACCCACCACAGUUUUGGGUAAUAGUUUACUUGAACACACUGAAAUUAAGCCAGAAGUCGACAUACUGGCUUCAGAGAAUAAGUUUUUGAAUGAUACAAACAAUGGCUUUGCUCAUUGUACAGCUGCAGAAAUCCAAAGAUUUGCCCUGUCUGCUACAGGGCUGUUGUCUCAUGUUGAAGAGGGUCUGGAUUCUGAUGCCACCGAUAGCAGCUCAGAUGACGAGUUGGAUGAAUAUACCAUUAAAAAAAAUGUGGCAGUUAACGCUAGUACUGAAUGGAAGUGGCUUGUAGACAGAGCGCGAGUUGGCAGCCGAUGGACUUGGCUUCAAGCUCAGAUUUCAGAGCUAGAAUACAAAAUCCAGCAACUAACAGAUAUUCACAGGCAUAUUCGUGCCUCCAAGGGGAUAGUGAUCUUAGAAGAAUGUCAGCUGCCAAAAGACAUUUUGAAAAAACAGAUACAAUUUUCAAAUCAAGCGGCUUCAUUAAACACUUCAGUGAAUUCUCAGAUUCCCCAAAGAAGCGAAGAGACCUUGCCAGAGCACGACUUUGAGAUGUCACCCAGCAGCCCUACGCUACUUCUUCGAAACAUAGAAAAACAGAGUGCACAGUUGACUGAAAUCAUUAACAGUUUGAUUGCCCCUCUCAACUUGUCUCCAACUUCCUCACCCCUCUCCUCCAAAUCCUGCAGCCACAAAUGUCUGGCUAAUGGCAUUUCAAAGAGUGCUUCAGAGAAUUUAGAUGAGCUCUCUUCCUCCAGUAGCUGGUUACUUAAUCAGAAGCACAGUAAGAAAAGGCGAAAAGACAGGACAAGACUGAAAUCUCCAUCCUUGGCUAUCAUGAGUACAGCUGCCCGAACAAGACCCCUUCAGAGUUUCCAUAAAAGAAAACUCUACAGAUUGAGCCCCACUUUUUACUGGACUCCUCAGACUUUACCUUCAAAAGAAGCAUUUUUAAAUGCAACACAGAUGCCUUACAUGGAAUCACCUUUACAUUCAGACUACUGGGAGCAGAGUUCCAAGUCUGAGCUGUUAAGAGAACAUGUUACGAAACUAGAUUCCUCUUUUCAUCCUGUGCUGUCACUGCCAUCAGACAUUCCCCUUCAUUUUCAUUUUGAGAACUUAUUUAAGAAGACCAAUGUAAAAGGAGAGCUUGCUGAGAAUCCAUUUGUAGGUGACUGUAUCAUAGCGCCACCAUCUGUACAAGGGACUUCUCUGACUCAGUGGAGAAAUGGAUAUUCCCCUAUGUGUAAGCCUCAGAUAAGGUCACAGUCAUCCGCACAACUAUUGCAGGGAAGAAAAAAGAGACACUUGAGUGAAACAGCAUUAGCAGGAGAAAGAACUAGAUUUGAAGAAUUUACUUUCCAACGUACAGAACCAGGAUCCCAUUGCGAUUUUACUGCAGCCUCUAAUACCAAUGUUACAUCAAGAACCCAGAAUUCAUCCUCACAAAAUACUACUCGACGGAGGUUAAGAAGUGAGAGCUCUUACGAUAUAGAUAACAUUGUGAUUCCCAUGUCAUUAGUAGCACCAGCUAAGUUAGAGAAACUCCAGUAUAAAGAAAUACUUACUCCACGCUGGAGGAUGGUUGUUCUUCAGCCUCUUGAACAUAACUUAAGCAAAGAAGAGAUAGAAGAUCUUUCUGAUGAAGUCUUCUCCCUAAGACACAAAAAAUAUGAAGAGAGAGAGCAAGCUAGGUGGUCACUCUGGGAGCAAAGCAAAUGGCAUAGAAGAAAUAACAGAGCUUACAGUAAAAACUUGGAAGGGCAGGACUUGGUUCUGAAGGAAAACCCCAGUGACCUUAGCAGUGCUCAGCAGUGUGCUGCCGAGAGCCCCCUUGAGCUCCCAGCAGAGAACCCCAGUCUGUGCGCUCAGGACUCACUUUCUUUAAAUGAUAGUCAAGAGAUCAAGUCUUUGUGGUGGGAGCGACGAGCCUUUCCGUUGAAGGAUGAGGAUACAGCAGCCUUAUUAUGCCAAGAUGAAAGAAAGGAUCGGACUGACGGGGCGAGCACAGCCAUCUGCAAGGAAGUCUUCUGUAGCACUACACCAGAGAAUGGCCACCCUCCAAAAAUGCAGUUAGAUGGGAUGGAAGAGUAUAAAACCUUUGGUAUAGGAGUUACUAAUAUUAAAAGAAAUAGGUGACAGAGAAUAUAUUAAGAAAACUAUGUAACUGAAAGGAAAAGAGGGAAAAAAACCUAAACCCUCUUGUGGAUCUUCCACUUCCUCUAGUCACGAUUCCAGAAAAGGAGGAUGUGUUGCAUGUAUCCAUCUUCCACUGUUCGUGAACCAGGCCAGAGAAGUUUCUUUCUCCUUCCUGAAUCACAGAAGUAGAUAGCUUUUCACCUACACAGAUGCUAGUAACUUGUGUUUGUCAAUAAUACAGAUCACAAGCACUAAGCUAUUAAUUGCUGCAAUUUGAUGCCAAAUCAUACUAUGGGGUAACUGUUAAGGUAAGAGCCCCGCCUUAACAACACAGUUGAUUUGCAUCAAAUAACGACUAUUCUUUGCUUCUACUCUCAUGGCAGUUCACUAAAAUUGCCUCAAUAAUAUCUGAGAAUAUACUAUUGUGUAUACAGAACACACACACACACACACACACACACACACACACACACACACACACACACACACACACACACCUAGUCUUGAGACUGCAUGACCAACUCCUCUAUGCAGUGUCAGUGGCCAUGAAUAUCGAGCACAGGUGUGGACUGAAACAGACAUCUGAAAACUUGGGACUAUGGAGGGGGAGUUGUUUUUUUCUUUUAUUCUAAAAGUUGUUUAACCAAUAUAAGUUAUUUAUGGAAAUUCUUAUAUCAGAUAAUACAAUAUUCAUUUAUUUGAAAUCAUUGUUCUCUCUUGAACUAACCACAGACUUUCUGCUUACUCCUAACAGAAUUAAGAGAAGCAACUUAAGAGUUUAAUAUAUUGAUACAUUUUAAAACUAUUAUCUUUGAAAAUUCACCCUGUUUUAUUUGCUUCAUGUACCUCUUCAAGACAGCAAUUUAAAAUGCAAAACGGCAUACAAAUCAUAACAUGGUUGUAACUCUAGCUAAUGUACAGCUAGAAACUUUAAAUUGGUUUCUCUUUGCAAUAGCUUAACUCAAAUAUCUACUCUUAAUAGGAUCCUAGAUCAAGAAUU